UGGAGGGUAGAGAGCUCAGAGCGGCUCCGGUGCAGAGACAGGGAGGAAUCACUGGGGAUACUCGUCUGGGUUGUGUUAUAUCAUUCGGCUUUCGGGAAUACUUUAAUUCUCCUCUCAGAAGAUAUGAGACGAGUUGUACGGCAGAGCAAAUUCCGUCACGUCUUCGGCCAGGCGGUGAGGAAUGACCAAUGCUACGAUGAUAUCCGGGUUUCCAGGGUCACAUGGGACAGCUCCUUCUGUGCGGUCAACCCCAAGUUUGUUGCCAUAAUUAUUGAGGCCAGCGGUGGCGGAGCUUUCCUCGUUCUCCCUCUUCACAAGACGGGACGCAUCGACAAAUCUUACCCCACAGUGUGUGGCCACACGGGCCCGGUGCUGGAUAUUGACUGGUGCCCUCACAAUGACCAGGUCAUUGCCAGUGGCUCCGAGGACUGCACAGUGAUGGUGUGGCAGAUUCCUGAGAAUGGCCUCAUCACUUCCAUGUCUGAGCCAGUGGUCGUACUGGAGGGCCACUCCAAGCGUGUUGGCAUCAUCACGUGGCAUCCGACGGCACGUAACGUCCUCCUUAGUGCAGGUUGCGACAACCAGAUCAUCAUCUGGAACGUGGGCACCGGUGAAGCCAUGAUCAACCUGGAGGACAUGCAUCCUGAUGUCAUUUACAACGUGAGCUGGAACCGCAGCGGCAGCCUCAUCUGCACCUCCUGCAAGGACAAGGGCAUCCGUGUCAUCGACCCGCGCAAGGAGACCAUUAUUGCUGAGAAAGAGAAGGCGCAUGAAGGCGCCCGACCCAUGAGGGCCAUUUUCCUCUCCGACGGAAACGUCCUCUCCACUGGUUUCAGCCGCAUGAGUGAGAGACAGCUGGCUCUCUGGAACGUGCAAAACAUGGAGGAGCCCAUGACUGUCAAUGAGAUGGACACCAGCAACGGAGUACUGUUGCCCUUCUAUGAUCCAGACACAAAUGUUGUUUACCUCUGUGGAAAGGGUGACAGCAGCAUCCGUUACUUUGAAAUCACAGACGAGGCUCCCUACGUUCACUUCCUCAGCACCUUUGCCACCAAGGAGCCUCAGAGGGGCAUGGGCUACAUGCCCAAGAGAGGCCUGGAUGUCAAUAAGUGUGAAAUUGCUCGGUUCUACAAACUGCAUGAAAGGAAGUGCGAGCCUAUUGUGAUGACUGUACCUAGAAAGUCCGACCUGUUCCAGGACGACUUGUACCCUGACACAGCCGGACCAGACCCCGCCCUGGAGGCUGAGGAGUGGUUUGAUGGCAAGAACGGAGACCCCAUCCUCAUCUCCCUCAAGAACGGCUACGUCCCGGGCAAGAACCGCGAAUUCAAGGUGGUCAAAAAGAACAUUCUGGACAGCAAGGUCACCAAGAACGCCGAGAACUCCAGCCCCGCCAACAAGCCUGCCUCUCCAACUCCUUCGAUUAAAUCUGAAGCCAAGCUGGAGGAGAUCUUGAAAGAAAUCAAAUCCCUCAAGGACCUCAUCAGCAGUCAGGAGAAGCGAAUCAUCAAACUUGAAGAGCAAAUGUCCAAAAUUGCCAUUUAAGGACCCUGUGCCCGACCCGCUACAAUUCAGGACGUUCCAUUGGCUAGUGGAUGGGCGGAAACGGUCACUGCCUAUCGCUCAAUGACAGUCUUUCGUCUGAGUCCUGCCUAGCAACAAUCCCUAGCAACAUUCCAGAUGAACUUUUUUUCUUAGCCAGCCCCCCCGACCCUCAGUUUAACACAGGUGGAAUAAGAAGGACAUUUGGCAAAUUUAACAGAAAGUACUCUCUCCCUUUUUGGUGACAAAGAACUGUGUUCCUUUUAUUCUGUGGCAGUCAUUCCUUUUUCUUUUUUUUUUAUUUUGUCUACUUGUAAAAUAAGGUCUUACAUAAUUCUUUCAAUUUUAGAACAAUGACCAAGAAGAUUCCAGUGUCCCCAUUUACUACUACUACGUGUAUAUCAUGUGUUUUUUUUUUUGUUUUUUUUUUUAGGUAGGAAUCAGUGUUUCAUUAUAGCAUACCCCAAAAUUAUAAUGUUGCCAAAUCUGGAAUUUUGUUUACACCUCCUUUACAGUAUUUCCUCUCUGUCUCUCUCAUCGUGGGGGUAUUCAAAAUCCAAAGGGUAGUUUCAUCAGUAGUGCUCUACGACAUUAAAACGAGUAAACUGAAUCGAGUAGAUUGACAUUUCAAGUUUAAAAAAAAAAAAAAAAGAGCAUAUUCCCAUUGCCACAGUUUACACCAGUCACAAAGACUUACCACUAAGGACAAAUUCUUGCCGUCUGUGUUGACGCUGCACAAAUCAUUGCCUGCUUUCUCUUUCUUUCCAUUUCUGUUGCUUCCUGUUAUCCCGACCGUGGACACAGUAGUCCAUCUAAACAUGCAUUCCUUCCUACCUUGCUUCAUUAACAUGCACUCUGCACUUACUGAAGAAAAUGACAAACACAUUCCACAGAUCUCACUGGCAGUUCUUGGUAGGAGGAGGGGGGGGGGGUAAACCUUUCCUCUUCCUGUAAACACUCUACUGUAGUGGCUCUGUUACGCCGGGUGGUUGGUUGUUUAGUGCAUGUGCUGCCCAUGGAAAUACCAACUUGUAGGGUUUCAUUUUUCCUGCAGAGGAACUUUGUUUAGUUUGAGAGGUUCAGUCGCCAGCCUCUGUGUUUAUCCGCAGUCUGGCUCGGCACGCAGGUGCAGUCGAGUGUCGUGGGAUUAUUUUUUUGUCGCCCUCUCGGAUCGGCAUUUUCUGCGCAAACUCGAAACGGGGGAAAUUGAUUCAAAGCGACACCAAAUAACCGCACGUUGACUGGACUGUUUUAAAACCACCUGGUGAUGGAGCUGGAGGUCGCUACAGAAACUGUUCUUGGUAGACCUUAAAGGCCUAAGAUUGUGUGUGAAUAUGUGCCUCAUGUCUUUGGCCUUUUGGGAACCUGUCACUAUGGAAGUUCCUGCUUUGUUUCUUUUUUUUUUAUUUGGGGAGGGGGGGGUGGUUAUAAAAUAUAAGGCCUGGGACUUUUGUCUAAAUUAGAAGAAUUGAAUAACUGGGUUAUCACUCCACUGUUCAUUUUUAGCCUGUUUCUUGUUCCAGCUGUGCUUAUAUCCCUCUUAGCACUUCCACGUCAUGGUUCUUUAAUGGUUAUUUUUCAGAUGCCCCACUUCAGUAGACUCAUUACAAAUACAAGGAGCCAUUAAAUUGACCAACCUGAGUUGCUCUGGUCCGAGAAAAGCUUAAAUUUCCUUUAUGUUUGAAAAUUGUAGUUUCCCAGUGGGAAGCUGAGACGGGUAAUGGUUCAUUGUGUUGUUUGCCUUCGAUUAUUGUUACCACUGUAAAGAUCUGAAAGUGCCAUAGAGGUGAGCCUGGAAGUGUUUGUAGGAGACUGUUCUGUGUGUAGUUUUUGUGUAGGAAAUGGAAAAGUUGAGAGGUGCCUGGAUUUAAAACCACUUUGAGGUGCUAUACGUGGUACAAACACGAUGUUCAGAGGACCCUGUUCCUAAUGUCCUGAAUGUCACCAGGCUGGAUUACUGGUAGGGGUUCAUUUAGAGGCAUUGUGAACCUGACAUUUUGACAUUUUGCACCUUGGUACGGGUAUAAAGAACAUUUAUUACUGUUUUUUUAAAUGACAUCAAACCAAGAAUCUCUAAGUCAUCGUGGCUUUAAGAAUUUAAGCAGUGAGUUGUAGAUUAUUAGUGACAGAGACGUCUGACACGGAUUAUACUGCCAGGUCUUAUAUCAGACUGCCACUCUGGAUUCUGUAUAGCACUGUAGGCACGAGAGCUUUUGAGGAGUAGUAGUUGAUAGCGACCCAAAGGGACACUGUAGGUUGGAGAAAUGUGCUGUGGAAAGAUAGAUGUAUGUUUGUAAUUAAGGUAUAGAAAAUGAGUGAAAGCUGUGUAAAUAACAUGACCAUUUAUCUGUUUUUUUGUUUUGUUUUUGUCUUUUUCAUUUUUGUUUCGUGGUUGUGCUGAAGAGGGUAUUUGUAAGGGAGGUGGGUUUUAAAUGUUUCCCCUUGUUUGUGUUCCUUGCACCUUUGCCAUAACGCAUCAUGAGAAAUGAAGAACAUCGGAGGUCACAUGAAAAUCAAGAAAGCGAAUCAGACGAAGACAUGCCAGGAUGAAAGCCUCGUGUGGAGGUCUGCUCAGCAUUUUUGUUCAUUAUUCUUGCUUCAAGUAUCAAACCUUGAUUAUAAAAAAAAUUAAUAAAGAAUUUUUAAAAUGGG